AUGGCAAAUGGAGAUAUAUCUUGGCGAUGUACAGUAAUACAAUGUACUUUAACUAUUCAAACUAAUUCCAAAAUAUCCAAUCUUUUAACGGAAAACGAAAAUAUAUUUCAUGGACAUAAUAUUGUAGAAAAUCGGGAUAUUCAGCGACAAAUAGUUCGUAAUAAUUGUAAACGAAAGGUGAAUGAAUGCAUUUCUGAGCGACUAAAUACAAUUUUUCGUCAUGAACUGAUGGCAGUUGAAAAUACAGAACUAUUAUACGGUAUAUCUAGUAUAAGAAAGUCUACGUAUAGACAACGUCAGAAAAUAAUUUCUGCAGCACCUAUUUUAAUAAAUGAACUUGUCCAACAAAUAAAAAUCAAUAGUUUAACUACGCAUCGUAAUGAAACAUUUUGCCAUGUAGAUGAAGAGUUAAAAAUUGUAAUUCACACGUCCAAGAGUAAUUUAGAAUAUUUAGUCAAUAACAGUUAUACUAUUUUAGGUGGUGGUACAUUUUAUACUUGUCUCACUCAUUUUGAGCAGCUUUAUACAAUUCAUGUUCUACAUAAAUCAAUGUACGUUCAAGUGGUGUCUUUUCUGUUACCAAAACAACUGAUAUUUAUGCCAAAAUAUGGCAUUUAAUAAAAACAUUAUGUAGUAAAAAAUUAAAACCUCUAAAUAUACUUAUAGAUUUUGAAUUAUCUGCUCAUAAAGCGUUUUGCGUAUUUUUCCAAAUGCACAAAUUUAAUGUUGCCGGUUUCACUUAGGACAAGCUUGGUACAGACAAAUUGAAAAAUUGAGACUUAAAAUUGAAUACGACAAAAAUGAAUCAGAAAUUUCAACUUGGUUGAAGUAUUUUUUUGGAUUAUCUUUUUUACAUUCUAUUGAUAUAUCUGAUACGUUUUAUGAACUAUUUUCUAUUGCUUCUAACAAUAAUAAGAUAUCAGCGGUUUUUGAUUGUAUUUUAGCAAAUGUUAUUGAAAAUGACAGCAUAUAUCCACCGCACCUUUGA